AUGAAUCAGCUAACUUUUAAAGGUGGCAACUCCAGACCAUUCUUUGAAAGCAGGAUUGCCGAGCAGAAUUCAAAUUUAAUAACUGAGUCGCGCCGAUUGCUUCGCCAAAUUCAAAAGCUUGCAACAAUAUCUCCAUUAAAAAGCAAGUCCAUCAGAAAUUUACGAAAGCAGGAGCAGUUAAAUCAAGAUAGCUCUUUCGGUGAGUCCAAAUCGAAGAGAACAAGUAAAUCCCCAUUAUUGGCGACUUCAACACUGCCAAAGUCACCAUUCACUAAAGAGUUUAAAGCUCCAGAAAAUAAAAUGAAGCCAUUCUUAUUGUCAUAUGCUGAAUAUGUUAAGAAGAAGUAUAGAAGAAAAUUCGUUGCAGAAAAUUUCAUAGAUGAUUGUUUUCUGCCACCAAUUAUAGAAAAUCGAAAGCUUAUGAUACAGGAUAGCUAG